AUGCGGCAGCAUCUGCAGCUCAGUCCAAAAAUGGUGCGAGCAGCCUUAGUGACCGCCACCAGUCUGGCACUGACCGGCGCCGUGGUGGCUCACGCCUACUUGCUCAAACACCAGUUCUACCCGACCGUGGUCUACCUCACCAAGAGCAGCCCCAGCAUGGCGGUGUUGUACAUCCAGGCCUUCGUUCUGGUGUUUCUGCUGGGAAAGUUCAUGAGGAAGGUGUUUUUCGGGCAGCUGAGGGCCGCUGAGAUGGAGCACCUCAUCGAGCGCUCCUGGUACGCGGUGACGGAGACGUGCCUGGCUUUCACCGUCUUCAGGGACGACUUCUCGCCUCGCUUCGUGGCCCUCUUCACCCUGCUGCUCUUCCUGAAGUGCUUCCACUGGCUGGCCGAGGACCGGGUGGACUUUAUGGAACGGAGCCCAAACAUAUCGUGGAUCUUUCACCUGAGAGUUUUGUCUCUCAUGGGACUGCUGGGUGUCAUGGACUUCCUGUUCGUCAACCAUGCCUGUCACAGCAUCAUUACGCGGGGAGCUUCGGUCCAGCUUGUUUUUGGAUUCGAGUACGCCAUUCUCCUGACCAUGGUGCUGACCACCUUCAUCAAGUACGUCCUGCACACCGUGGACCUGCAGAGCGAGAACCCCUGGGACAACAAGGCCGUCUACAUGCUCUACACCGAGCUCUUCACAGGCUUCAUCAAAGUGCUGCUCUACAUUGCCUUCAUGACCAUCAUGAUAAAAGUCCACACCUUCCCCCUGUUUGCCAUCCGGCCCAUGUAUCUGGCUAUGAGGCAGUUCAAGAAAGCUGUGACGGACGCCAUAAUGUCUCGGAGAGCCAUCCGCAACAUGAACACGCUAUACCCCGAUGCCACGCCCGAAGACCUGCAGGCCUCGGACAACGUUUGCAUCAUCUGCCGAGAGGAGAUGGUCACCGGUGCCAAGAAGCUGCCUUGCAACCACAUCUUCCACUCCAGCUGCCUGCGCUCCUGGUUCCAGCGGCAGCAGACCUGCCCCACCUGUCGCAUGGACGUCCUCAGAGCGUCCAACAACAAUCAGGCUCAGGCCCCAGCCCAGGCCCCGCCCCCGGCCCCCCCCGCCAACCCUCCAGCAGCCCCGGCCGCUAACGUCCCUCCAGGCAUGUUGCCAGGCUUCCCUCCCGGCAUGUUCCCUUUCUGGGGUCCUUUUCCCGCCGUCCCUCCACCGGCUGCAGCAGCCCCGGCUCCUGGUGCCCCCGAUGCCCCUCAGGGCGGUGCGGAGGCAGCACAGGCAGCAGGCACCAGCCAGCCCAGCACAUCCACUACAGACACAACUACACCCGCAGCAGCUGCUCCCGGAUCAACAAUCCCAGGCUUCCCUUUCUCUUUCCCCCCUCCCCCCUUCCCCAGCGCACCAUGGCUGCCCAUGCCUCCACCCCCUCCUUUUGUGUCGUCGAUGCCCCCCCCGCCUCCGUCUCUGUCUCGGCUGUCUGAGGAGGAGCUCAGGGAGCUGGAGGCCGAAGGCCGGCGGGGGCUGGAGGCCAGACUGCAGUGUCUCCAGAACAUCCACACGCUGCUGGACGCCGCCAUGCUCAACAUCCACCACUACCUCAGCACCGUCGCCACACUUAGUCCCCCUCGGCCCGAGGGCAGCUCUUCAGAGGCCUCCUCCUCGGAGGCCAGCGGGACAAACUCCGCCCCCUCGCCCGCCGCAGCCGCCGCCGAGCAAGAGAGCGCCAGCGGCGCCGUCUCCUCCCAGCCCGCCGACUCCACCUCCUCCGCCUCGGAGACGGACAGGAGAGACAGGACAGACGAGGGCGAGGACCAGGACCAGGACCAGGACCUGGACCAGGACCAGAACCAGGACGGAGAGCCCAACACAGCCGAGCUGAGACGCCGCCGCCUCCGCAAGCUGGAGACGGCCUCCCCGUCGCCCCCCCCUCCGGACAACUGAUUUCCUCGC